GAGAGCCUGCACAGUCUAAAGUUUUUAUGAUGGCUCCGUCCAUAAUUUCUGUACGCUUGCAUUGGCCGCCUCAAAGACCGAGCGACAGGAUUUAAUCAAGGUGUCAGCCGCAGGGGCAUCCUGAAUGCGGGCGAAGCGUCCGGAAUUCCUGAGAUGUCUGAAACGCGGAGGCGGCCUCUUCCCCACCCCCCGCCGCAGCCUCCGUGGGCAUUUUCCGGCGAGGGGGGCACGCGAGCCCUUCGAAGAAGAGCUUAAACACGCGGACGUGCGCGGCUGGCGCGCUCCCCGGGGAUGAAGUGUUAUAGUUUUGCUGCUGGACUCUUCCCUCCCUUCCCCCACCCCAUCAGGAUGAUAUGAGACUUGAAAGAAGACGAUGCAUACAGGAGGAGAGACUUCAGCAUGCAAACCUUCAUCUGUUCGGCUUGCACCGUCAUUUUCAUUCCAUGCUGCUGGCCUUCAGAUGGCUGGACAGAUGCCCCAUUCACAUCAGUACAGUGACCGUCGCCAGCCAAACAUAAGUGACCAACAGGUUUCUGCCUUAUCUUAUUCUGACCAGAUUCAGCAACCUCUAACUAACCAGGUGAUGCCUGAUAUUGUCAUGUUACAGAGGCGGAUGCCCCAAACCUUCCGUGACCCAGCCACUGCUCCCCUGAGAAAACUUUCUGUUGACUUGAUCAAAACAUAUAAGCAUAUUAAUGAGGUUUACUAUGCAAAAAAGAAGCGAAGACACCAGCAGGGCCAGGGAGACGAUUCUAGUCAUAAGAAGGAGCGGAAGGUUUACAAUGAUGGUUAUGAUGAUGAUAACUAUGAUUAUAUUGUAAAAAACGGAGAAAAGUGGAUGGAUCGUUACGAAAUUGACUCCUUGAUAGGCAAAGGUUCCUUUGGACAGGUUGUAAAGGCCUAUGAUCGUGUGGAGCAAGAAUGGGUUGCCAUUAAAAUAAUAAAGAACAAGAAGGCUUUUCUGAAUCAAGCCCAGAUAGAAGUGCGACUUCUUGAGCUCAUGAACAAACAUGACACUGAAAUGAAAUACUACAUAGUGCAUUUAAAACGCCACUUUAUGUUUCGAAACCACCUCUGUUUAGUUUUUGAAAUGCUGUCCUACAACCUCUAUGACUUGUUGAGGAACACCAAUUUUCGAGGUGUCUCUUUGAACCUAACACGAAAGUUUGCACAGCAGAUGUGCACUGCACUGCUUUUCCUUGCGACUCCAGAACUUAGUAUCAUUCACUGUGACCUAAAACCUGAGAAUAUCCUUCUGUGUAACCCCAAACGCAGUGCAAUCAAGAUUGUUGACUUUGGCAGUUCUUGUCAGUUGGGGCAGAGGAUAUACCAAUAUAUUCAGAGUCGCUUUUAUCGGUCUCCAGAGGUGCUACUGGGAAUGCCUUAUGACCUUGCUAUCGACAUGUGGUCCCUUGGGUGUAUUUUGGUUGAAAUGCACACUGGAGAACCUCUGUUCAGUGGAGCCAAUGAGGUAGAUCAGAUGAAUAAAAUAGUGGAAGUUCUGGGUAUUCCACCUGCUCAUAUUCUUGACCAAGCACCAAAAGCAAGAAAGUUCUUUGAGAAGUUGCCAGAUGGCACUUGGAACUUAAAGAAGACCAAAGAUGGAAAACGGGAGUAUAAACCACCAGGAACCCGCAAACUUCAUAAUAUUCUCGGAGUAGAAACAGGAGGACCUGGUGGGCGUCGUGCUGGGGAAUCGGGUCAUACGGUAGCUGACUACUUGAAGUUCAAAGACCUCAUUUUAAGGAUGCUUGAUUAUGACCCCAAAACUCGGAUUCAACCUUACUAUGCCCUGCAGCACAGCUUUUUCAAGAAAACAGCUGAUGAAGGUACAAAUACAAGUAAUAGUGUAUCCACGAGUCCUGCCAUGGAGCAGUCACAGUCUUCGGGCACCACCUCCAGUACAUCUUCAAGCUCAGGUGGAUCAUCGGGGACGAGCAACAGUGGGAGAGCCAGGUCGGACCCAACGCACCAGCAUCGGCACAGCGGCGGGCACUUCACGGCCGCCGUCCAGGCCAUGGACUGUGAGACACACAGCCCCCAGGUGCGUCAGCAAUUUCCUGCUCCCGUUGGUUGGUCAGGCACUGAAGCUCCUACACAAGUCACUGUUGAAACUCAUCCCGUUCAAGAAACAACCUUUCAUGUAGCCCCUCAACAGAAUGCAUUGCAUCAUCACCAUGGAAACAGUUCCCAUCACCAUCACCACCACCACCAUCACCACCACCACCAUGGACAACAAGCCUUGGGCAACCGGACCAGGCCAAGGGUCUACAAUUCUCCAACAAAUAGCUCCUCUACCCAGGAUUCUAUGGAGGUUGGCCAUAGUCACCACUCCAUGACAUCCCUGUCUUCCUCAACUACUUCUUCCUCUACAUCUUCCUCCUCUACUGGUAAUCAAGGCAAUCAGGCCUACCAGAAUCGCCCAGUGGCUGCUAAUACCUUGGACUUUGGACAGAAUGGAGCUAUGGACGUUAAUUUAACCGUCUACUCCAAUCCCCGCCAAGAGACUGGCAUAGCUGGACAUCCAACAUACCAAUUUUCUGCUAAUACAGGUCCUGCACAUUACAUGACUGAAGGACAUCUGACAAUGAGGCAAGGGGCUGAUAGAGAAGAGUCCCCCAUGACAGGAGUUUGUGUGCAACAGAGUCCUGUAGCUAGCUCGUGACUAAAUUGAAACUUGAGUUUG